UUGCAGACAGUCGCGCGUGCUUGCAAGUCGCACGUAUGGAAUCAAUUUUGAUGUUCUAAAUUUCGGAUGACUUGUGACGAAAAUAGUGCAGUGAAAAUGAUAUUACUAAUUCGAUGAAACAAAAGUAAACCCUUCCCUAAUAACUCAAUUUUGUGUUAAACUUGUGAUAAGUGUCAGUAUUCAUUGAGUAUUAUGAACUUUGACGACUAUGAAACCCUUCCGACUACCCAAAACUUCACCUCACAUAUGACCGCCGGAGCGAUUGCGGGGGUGAUGGAGCAUUGCAUAAUGUACCCGCUCGACUCCGUAAAGACUCGGAUGCAGUCUUUACGGACGGCGCACAACAGCACCAUCGGGGAGACCUUCCGACACAUGGUGCAGCGGGAGGGGCUGCUCAGGCCGGUGCGGGGUAUGUCUGCGGUGGUGCUGGGCGCGGGCCCGGCGCACGCGUGCUACUUCGCCACCUACGAGCACAUCAAGCACACGCUCGCGCAGCUCACCAGGCACCGACACGACCACAUCACGCAUGGUCUGUCGGGCUGCGUGGCGUCGCUAGUACACGAUGCGGUCUCCAACCCGGCCGAAGUGGUGAAGCAGCGUCUGCAGAUGUUGAACUCUCCGUACAGGGGCGUGUGGGAGUGCGCGCGGCACGUGUACCGCGCGGAGGGGCUGCGCGCCUUCUACCGCUCGUACGGCACGCAGGUCGCCAUGAACGUGCCCUACACAGCGCUGCACUUCGUGACGUACGAGUGGUGUCAGGCGACGCUGAACCCCUCGCGCUCGUACGACCCCCGCGUGCACGCGUGCUCGGGGGCCGCCGCCGGAGCCCUGGCCGCCGCCGCCACUACGCCCCUCGACGUCUGCAAGACCGUGCUCAACACGCAGGAGGCGGCUGCGCGCGCGGACGGGCUGCUGGAGGCGGCGGCGCACGUGCUGCGCGCGCGCGGCCCGCUCGGGUUCUUCAAGGGCGUGCAGGCGCGCGUGCUCUACCAGAUGCCCGCCGCCGCCAUCUGCUGGCUCACCUACGAGACCUUCAAGCACGCGCUCGCCGGGACGGAGUCCCCCGAGGAGGGCCCGUCGCCGGUGGGUCCUCCGCUGGCGUGCGCGGCGCUGCGCCUGGCCGCCGCCGCCACCGACGUGCCGCCCGGCGCCGCCUCCGGGCUCGCCACCCGCACAUAG